UCUUCCAGAAACUUCUAGCUCAAUCGUGGCUUCACAUGGAUAAUCCUCGCUUGCCGUCCAGAUCACUCCACGUGUCCGAAUUUCCACGUGGCGUCCGACGUGGCGCUUCUUAAUCCCUGGAAAUGAUUUGGCCCAUUUAUUUUUCUUUUCGUUGCUUUGUUUAUUCCAGAAUUUUCCCCUUCAGAAACCGAAUUUGCAGACCAAACCAAAACAUUUUACUUUUUCGUGAAGAGAGAGAAGGAAGAGAAAGAAAGGGAUUGAUGCUUUCUGCCAUUGAUUUUGAAUUAAAAAAGCUUCAGUUUCACGGAGAAGAUUUUGGAGUUCGUCAUCGCAAUGAAUGGCAACGAAGGAGGAGAAGUGAAAAUUGAGGAAUGUAAGGAAGCUAUGGUGUAUAUGUGGGGUUAUCUUCCUGGAGCCUCGCCGGAGAAGUCUCCGAUACUGUCUCCAACACCGGUCCGGUUUUCUGAUGGAAUCGGCGGCGAAGAUUCGUGGAGAGAUGUUUGCGGUGGCGGUUGUGGAUUCGCCAUGGCCAUCUCUGGGUCUGGGAAGCUCAUAACAUGGGGUUCAGUGGAAGAUGAAGGCCAAAGUUACCUGACUUCAGGAAAGCACGGGGAGACUCCAGAGCCUUUUCCUCUGCCAACUGAGGCUUCGGUAGUCAAGGCUGCUGCGGGUUGGGCCCAUUGUGUUUUAGUCACAGAAAAGGGUGAAGUGUAUACAUGGGGAUGGAGAGAGUGUAUUCCGUCUGCAAAAAUAAUCUGUGAUUUGGCUACAAUAGGAUAUUUCCAGAAGGAUAAUCUUGGGAAACAAAUUUCGGCGGUAGCAGAACAAGGCAGCCCAAGGUCUGAAGGCUCCAGUUUGACAGGUGGAGCUGUUUCUAACGUGGACGGUAAAAGACCUGGAGAAGAAGCAGUAAAGAGAAGAAAAGUGGCAUCAGCCAAGCAAGAACCUGAAAGCUCAAUAUCUGGUGACGAAUUCUUCACCAUUUCACCUUAUCUUGUAUCUUUGGGCUCUGGAGUGCAGAUAACAACAGUUGCUGCUGGUGGCCGGCACACGUUAGCGUUAUCAGUUUCAGAUAUGGGACAGGUGUGGGGUUGGGGCUAUGGAGGCGAAGGACAACUCGGCUUGGGUUCUCGGGUAAAGAUGGUGUCUACUCCUCACAUAAUACCUUGCAUCGAGGCACCAGCUACUGGAAAAGAUAGGUCUUCAGCAGUUUCACAGGAUAGCAAGACUUUGCCAGCACACGCAUCUACAGUUCCUGGCAGUUUUGUGAAGGAAAUUGCUUGUGGAGGACGGCAUAGUGUAAUAAUUACUGAUGCUGGAGCGCUGCUUACGUUUGGCUGGGGUCUGUACGGUCAAUGUGGACAAGGUGGUACAUAUGAUCAGCUAAGGCCAACAUUCGUGAAUUCAUUAUCGGGUGUGCGAGUGGAAAAAAUAGCUGCAGGACUGUGGCAUACUCUGUGUGUUUCUGUUGACGGCCACGUAUAUGCUUUUGGAGGUAAUCAGUUUGGACAGUUGGGAACUGGUGCCGACCAGGCUGAGACUCUUCCUAGGCUUUUGGAUUCUCCUUGCUUAGAAGGUAAGAAUGCCAAAAUGGUAUCUUGCGGUGCCCGUCACAGUGCCAUAGUAACAGAGGACGGGCAGUUGUUUAGCUGGGGAUGGAACAAAUACGGCCAACUUGGUCUUGGUGAUUCUGUCGACCGGAGCACCCCUUCUCAAGUUACCAUCAAUGGCGUGCCGAAGAAUGUCGCAUGUGGCUGGUGGCAUACGCUACUGCUGGCUGAAAUACCCAAAAUGAAUUCGUACGAAACAUGACAGUUUUGCUAGGAUAGAAACAUUCUACAUUAGUCAUCGUUCUUGGUUCUUACACACUUGGUCCUUGUUUACAUGAUGAACAUAACUAGUUUUUUCGCUCAUGAAAG